CUCAGUUCCGAUUUCCGAACUAAGUUACAGGCGAUUGAGCCCAGGAUCCGGCAUGGCCACGAACCCACGCAAAAGGAAACUUAGCAUGGUGACAAACACAUCCGAAGAUGCGAUUCCUGGUCCAUCGGAUGAGACCCAGUUGCUUCAUCAGUCCGUAGCUAGCUUAUUUGCUGCGAAGGACCUAUUCGACCCGAAGUGCAAGUGGCCCGAUGAUUUCUAUGAUCCAUCCAAGCGACAUCAUCGAGCCCCGCUGAAGUUUAAGUAUAUCGACUAUUUCAACCUAGAUAGUGGAAUUUUAAUGUAUGACUCAACAGCUGGCUCUCCACUUUUGGACCCUCAGAAACACCCCGAGUGGAUAUAUCCUUCCCAAAUCCGUGCUUGGGUUGCAGCGUGUGACAGCAGACAUGGAACUCACUGCCAGUCCUCUCGACGAGACCAGACCUUACCCUCAUGGCUAAUCGACUGCGAAGCCGCCUGCAUCGUGGGGGCAACGGUGGAAAUGCCCUAUGUUGCUCUAAGUUAUGUGUGGGGACCGACGUCUUCUGGCGUAGUAUUGAGGGAAAAUCUCCUCAACUUCCAAAAUAGCGGAGCUUUGAUGGACAAUGCAAUUUCCACGACGAUCCGAAAUGUCAUUGCGAUACUCCCUAUUAUUGGAGAGCGAUAUUUAUGGGUCGACCGACUCUGCAUCAUUCAGGAUGAUGAUGACAACAGCAAAGCGAGAAAUAUCAACAGCAUGGCGUCCAUCUAUUCCAAUGCCCACAUGACCCUCGUGGUUGCCAUCGGAGAGGAUGCUAAUCACGGCUUGCGAGGCUUUCAUAAGAUCACACCGCCUUUAGAGCGUCAGUCGACGAGCAUGUCAUUGACAGCUCAUCAGCUUACUCGGGUGCCCAUAUUGACGCGGACUAAAUGGUAUUCCAGAGGCUGGACCCUCCAGGAGAUUGUAUUUUCGCGCCGGACGCUCUUCCUCACCAGCGACGGUGCGUUCUGGGAAUGUCAUUGCCGCACCUGGAGCGAGGACUCGACACCGGACGAGGUCAAUGGGUGGGCCUCAAAGUGCUCGAGGGAAAAAGCGGAUAUUUUCAGAGACUCAUACAUGCAGCCUCUAUCCUGGCCCAAUCUUCACAUGUACCUUCAACUUGUGGCAGCAUACAACAACCGCGAUCUCACCUUCGAUUACGACAUCCUCCCCGCGUUCGCUGGAAUUACGACGACUCUAAGCCCUUCUUUUCCAGGUGGUUUUCUGUUCGGGAUGCCAGAACUCUUCUUCGACGUUGCACUGCUAUGGAGGCCAUUAGGACCCUCUCGGAGACGGAGGUCAACAGCGCCUGGAGAGCAGAAUCCAACAUCGAAACUACACAGUGUUGCCUUUCCGAGUUGGUCUUGGGUUGGAUGGCAGACUGAAGUUGACCCUUUGAGUUGGAAAUGCGGCUACGACUACAUCAAGAAUACCCGCAUUAAGAGAUCGGGUGAGGUUCCUAAUGGAUGGUCCCGGUAUUCACUGCCGUUUGAAGGACCCGGCGAGGUAGAUUAUGUACACUCUUCACACGUCGGAACUCGAUUUCGAUUUCCAAUACCGCUGGCUUCGGGUACCGCCCCCGUCCUCUCUACAUCAGAAGAUUACGGUCAUUUACUGAUCUGUAAAACCAAAAGGGCAUAUUUUCGGAUGGCAGAGCUACAGCAUGGUCGGAUUGUUACAUCUGUACUGGAUGAAGAUAGCAAAUGGGUUGGAGUCGUACGGUUGCACGUGGAAAAGAAACAGCUCGAACCACUGGGAAGCCAGGACAAACUAGUCGAGCUCCCGAAGCAAAUUCCGGGUGAGGAAACAUGGCACAUAAGGGAAUUCAUUGAGAUUUCUGAAGGGACCGCCUCGAACUCUGCAUACGAGGCGGGAUUUCUGGAGGAAUGGAAGUUCAAGGAACGUCCACGAGAUUCAGAGUUUUACGAGUUUGUCAACGUCUUGUGUAUUUCACGUCAUGAGGGUAUCUGCUAUAGGGAAGGUCUUGGUCGGGUCUUGAAGAGUGCUUGGUGUCGGCAGGAUCCAGAGAGCAUUGAGGUGAUACUGGGUUAGUGAGAGAUGUGAGCCUUAAGGUAAGAUACUCCUAGUGUGAGCAAGAAAUACUCAAGGUAUUCAUACUACUCAUGAAUAUUCAUGAGUAGUCUUGAAUAGAAUAUGAGUAGCGUAAAACUCAAAAAAUUUGAGUAGAGUAGAAUAUAUAUUCAUGAAUAUUCAUGAAUAGUCACGUGGAAAUCACGUGAUUUUAGUAAAUCGAUAUAUAUUUAAUUUUUUAAAAAAGAACUAAGG